AUGAGCGCCAACGGCCCUGUUCCACCUACGGCGCCUCCUGCAGCCUCGGUGGCCGUACCGGUGCCCAUACCUUCAGUGAUACCGGUGGGCUCGCUGGCACAGAAGAAGCGGCAGCAGUAUGCCAAGAGCAAAAAGCAGGGAAGUUCGGCCAACACGCGGCCACAGAGAGCUCUCUUCUGCCUCAACCUCAACAACCCCAUACGCCGGGCUUGUAUUAGCCUCGUGGAAUGGAAGCCAUUUGAUAUCUUUAUAUUGAUAGCGAUUUUCGCCAACUGCAUGGCCUUAGCUGUAUACAUCCCCUUUCCUCAGGAUGACUCCAACUCAACCAACCAUGACCUAGAAACAGUCGAAUAUGCCUUCCUUAUCAUUUUCACGAUCGAAACCUUCCUGAAGAUUAUAGCGUAUGGCUUGGUGAUGCAUCAGAAUGCGUAUGUUCGAAAUGGAUGGAACAUGCUGGAUUUCGUCAUUGUUGUCAUAGGGUUGUUUAGUGUUGUCUUGGAAGUUUUGACCAAAGAUGCAGAGAAGGAUGUUGCUAAAGCACUCCCGCCCGUGCAUGGCCAUGGAGGAAAAUCAGGAGGUUUUGAUGUCAAAGCCCUUAGAGCCUUUCGUGUGCUGCGACCGCUUCGCCUGGUCUCUGGAGUGCCCAGUUUACAGGUGGUGCUGAACUCCAUCAUUAAAGCCAUGGUUCCUCUCCUUCACAUAGCUCUGCUGGUUCUUUUCGUCAUUAUCAUCUAUGCCAUCAUUGGACUUGAGCUUUUCAUCGGAAAAAUGCAUGCUACCUGUUACUUUCAAGGGACAGAGAUAACAGAGGAUGAACCUGCUCCAUGUGCUGUUAAUGGUCAUGGCCGUACAUGCACCAUUAACAGCACAGAAUGCAAGGAGGGCUGGCACGGACCCAAUGGAGGAAUCACAAACUUCGACAACUUUAUGUUUGCCAUGCUAACUGUGUUUCAGUGCAUAACCAUGGAGGGCUGGACAGAUGUACUUUACUGGAUGAAUGAUGCUAUGGGGUUGGAGCUGCCGUGGGUGUACUUUGUCAGUUUGGUCAUCUUCGGCUCUUUCUUCGUCCUGAACCUGGUUCUGGGUGUGUUGAGCGGAGAGUUCUCUAAAGAACGAGAGAAGGCGAAGGCUCGUGGAGACUUUCAGAAACUACGUGAGAAACAACAGCUGGAAGAAGAUCUGAAAGGUUAUUUGGACUGGAUCACACAGGCAGAAGACAUCGACCCGGAGAACGAGGAGGAAGAGGAGGAUGCCAAACGCAACCGGGUUACACUGGCCAGCCUAAUGGAGAAGAAGAAGAAAGGGUUUGGCUGGUUCAGCCAGUCCUCUGAUACUCAUGCAAGUAUGCCAGCGAGCGAGACGGAGUCAAUGAAUACAGAAAAUGAAAAAGGAGAGGACGAGAAGGGGACAUGUUGCGGUCCAACAUGUCAAAAAAUUUCCAAAUCAAAGUUCAGUCGGCGCUGGCGUCGCUGGAACCGGCUCUGUCGGAGGAAUUGUCGCUUGGCGGUGAAAUCAGUGCCAUUCUAUUGGCUGGUAAUAAUUCUGGUGUUCCUCAACACUUUGACCAUCUCUUCAGAACAUUACAAUCAGCCAAAUUGGCUCACACAAGUACAGGAUGUGGCCAAUAAAGUGCUACUGGCCUUGUUCACGUGUGAGAUGUUGGUGAAGAUGUACAGUCUGGGCCUGCAGGCUUAUUUUGUUUCUCUAUUUAAUCGUUUUGACUGCUUUGUGGUGUGUGGAGGCAUCACGGAGACGAUCCUAGUGGAGCUUGAGAUCAUGUCACCUCUCGGAAUCUCAGUGUUUCGAUGUGUGCGACUGCUCAGGAUCUUUAAAGUUACACGUCAUUGGGCAUCUCUCAGUAACCUUGUGGCAUCUCUGCUGAACUCUAUGAAGUCCAUCGCCUCUCUCCUGCUGCUGCUCUUCCUCUUCAUCAUCAUCUUCAGCCUCCUUGGAAUGCAAGUUUUCGGUGGGAAGUUCAACUUUGAUGAAACUCAAACGAAGAGGAGCACCUUUGAUAACUUCCCUCAGGCCUUGCUCACUGUGUUUCAGAUCCUGACUGGUGAAGACUGGAAUGCAGUCAUGUAUGAUGGCAUAAUGGCUUAUGGUGGCCCAUCAUCAUCUGGAAUGAUCGUGUGCAUCUACUUCAUCAUCCUCUUCAUUUGUGGAAACUACAUUCUUCUGAAUGUAUUCUUGGCCAUCGCUGUGGACAACCUGGCAGACGCAGAGUCUCUGAACACAGACAAUGAUGAUAAGAAGAAAUGUGAUGAAAUUGAGGAAAUUGAAGAAGACAUCAAGGCUGAGGAGGAGGAUGAGAAGGACAAUGCAGAGGAGGAAGAAGACGAGCCGGACGUUCCAGCAGGGCCCCGCCCACCGAUCUCAGAACUCAUUAAGAAGGAGAAAAUCACUCCAAUUCCAGAGGGCAGUGCAUUCUUCAUCUUUAGCAACACAAACCCAAUUAGAGUCGCAUGCCACAAGCUGAUUAACCAUCACAUCUUCACCAACCUCAUCCUCGUGUUCAUCAUGCUAAGCUCCGCCUCCUUGGCUGCUGAGGAUCCAAUCAGAAACUUCUCGGCCCGCAACAUUAUACUUGGUUACUUUGACUAUGCUUUCACGGCUAUCUUUACUGUAGAGAUCGUGUUGAAGAUGACAACGUAUGGUGCAUUUCUCCAUAAAGGGGCGUUCUGCAGGAACUACUUCAAUCUUCUUGAUCUGCUGGUGGUCGGCGUGUCUCUGGUCUCUUUUGGAAUACAAUCAUCGGCCAUUUCCGUGGUAAAGAUCUUGAGAGUCCUGAGGGUGCUGCGUCCACUCAGGGCCAUAAACAGAGCUAAAGGACUCAAGCAUGUGGUCCAAUGUGUGUUUGUGGCCAUCAGGACUAUUGGAAACAUUAUGAUUGUCACCACACUGCUACAGUUCAUGUUCGCCUGCAUUGGCGUACAGCUCUUCAAGGGGAAGUUUUAUCGUUGUAACGAUGAAGCCAAGUCCAGCCCAGAGGAGUGCAAGGGAACGUAUAUAAUGUAUAAGGAAGGAGAUGUGAAUCAGCCAAUCAUUCAGAAGCGCCUGUGGCAUAACAGCGAUUACAACUUUGAUAACGUGCUCAUGGCUAUGAUGGCUCUAUUCACAGUGUCCACGUUUGAAGGCUGGCCAUCGUUGUUGUAUAAGGCCAUUGACUCCAACCGUGAGAACAUGGGUCCAAUCUACAACUACCGUGUGGAGAUUUCUAUCUUCUUCAUCAUCUACAUCAUCAUCAUCGCCUUCUUCAUGAUGAACAUCUUCGUGGGUUUCGUGAUCGUGACUUUUCAAGAACAGGGAGAGAAAGAGUACAAAAACUGCGAGCUGGACAAGAACCAGCGUCAGUGUGUGGAAUAUGCAUUAAAAGCACGUCCUCUGAGAAGAUACAUCCCAAAGAACCCAUAUCAGUAUAAGUUCUGGUAUGUGGUGAACUCCACUGGCUUUGAGUACAUCAUGUUUGUGCUGAUCUUACUUAACACCAUCUGUCUCGCAGUACAGCACUACGGUCAGUCUGAGCUGUUUAAUUAUGUCAUGGACAUCCUCAACAUGGGCUUUACUGCGGUCUUCACUGUAGAGAUGGUACUCAAACUGAUCGCCUUCAAACCCAGGCAUUAUUUCACUGACGCAUGGAACACAUUUGAUGCCUUAAUUGUUGUCGGUAGCGUCGUAGAUAUUGCUAUCACUGAAGUCAACCCCACAGAGGCACCACAGGUGGAUGAGGCCGGGAACACAGAGGACAGUGCUCGCAUCUCUAUCACCUUCUUUCGACUUUUUCGAGUAAUGCGAUUGGUCAAGUUGCUGAGCAGGGGGGAAGGCAUUCGAACGCUUCUUUGGACCUUCAUCAAGUCUUUCCAGGCUCUGCCUUAUGUCGCUUUACUGAUAGCUAUGCUGUUCUUCAUCUAUGCUGUGAUUGGCAUGCAGGUAUUUGGCAAGGUUGCUAUGGUGGAUCACACACAAAUCAACAGAAACAACAACUUCCAGACGUUCCCUCAGGCUGUGCUGUUGCUCUUCAGAUGUGCAACAGGUGAGGCCUGGCAGGAGAUCAUGUUAGCAUGUAUGACUGGGAAGCUUUGUGACCCAGAAUCGGACUAUAAUCCUGGAGAAGAGAUGACUUGUGGAAGCAGCUUUGCCAUCAUCUACUUCAUCACCUUCUACAUGCUCUGCGCCUUCCUGAUCAUUAACUUGUUUGUGGCUGUCAUCAUGGAUAACUUUGACUAUCUGACCCGUGAUUGGUCAAUUCUGGGUCCACAUCACCUUGACGAAUUUAAGAGGAUUUGGUCAGAGUACGAUCCAGAGGCUAAAGGCAGAAUAAAGCAUCUCGAUGUAGUGACGUUGUUACGGCGUAUUCAGCCCCCUCUUGGCUUUGGCAAACUUUGUCCUCAUAGAGUCGCCUGCAAAAGACUGGUGGCCAUGAAUAUGCCUCUGAAUAGUGACGGCACUGUCAUGUUUAACGCUACGCUUUUUGCUCUCGUGAGAACCGCAUUGAAGAUCAAAACGGAAGGUAACCUAGAACAGGCAAACGAAGAGCUCAGAGCUGUUAUUAAGAAGAUCUGGAAAAGGACGAGCAUGAAGCUUCUGGAUCAAGUAGUGCCCCCUGCUGGUGAUGAUGAGGUAACGGUGGGGAAGUUCUAUGCCACUUUCCUGAUACAGGACUACUUUAGGAAAUUCAAGAAACGCAAAGAGGAAGGCCUGGUGGGCGUGCAUCCAGCGCAGAACAACACAGCAAUCGCACUGCAGGCUGGCCUCCGUACACUGCAUGACAUUGGGCCAGAAAUCCGCCGUGCAAUAUCGUGUGACCUGCAAGAUGACGAGCUAGUAGACUUUAUGCCAGAAGAGGACGAGGAAAUUUAUAGGCGAAAUGAUGGACUCUUUGGCAACCACAUCAACCACAUAAAUGGAGACCCGAGAAGAAGCUCUGGCCACCAGACAAACGCAACACAGCGGCCCCUACAGGUGCAGCCGCCCCCACAUUAUGCCCACAUGGAACAACAUGUGGGGCGCUUGGGCCGCGCCAAUGCCAUGGCGCAGCAAAACCACCAUCGCCACCACCACCAUCAUCACCACCAUCAUCAUCACAAUUCCUACAAGUCGCCCAAGUCUACCAACAUCAACCUCAACAAUGCCAACUUUUCCAGUUUACCCAAUGGAGGACACAAUCGGUUCUAUGAGCAUAUGCCUCCUAACGGCUAUCCAGGAUCGUACUACAGAGAAUACGACAAGCCCAGGACCCCAAACGGGCAAAGAAGGCGCUACUAUGAGACGUAUAUUAGGUCACACGGCAGUGAAAGAAGACGACCGGCAAUACGUCGUGAAGAGGAGUACGAUGAAGAUUGUUAUUCUGGCGAGUACUACAGUGGAGAGGAGUUUUACGAAGAUGACAGAAUGCUGUCGGGUGAUAGGUACCCCAAUAGUGACCAGGAGUAUGAGACACCACGGGGUUACCAUCAUCCUGACAGUUACUAUGAUGAUGACGAGCAGCCCCUUUAUCAUGAUUCACAUAGGUCGCCAAAGAGAAGACUGCUUCCUCCAACACCACAAGGGAAUCGGGGACCGUCGUUCAAUUUUGAGUGUCUACGCAGGCAGAGCAGUCAAGAUGAUCUUCCUCACCAGCGUACUGCUCUUCCGUUACAUCUCAUGCAACACCAGGUGAUGGCAGUAGCAGGUCUAGACUCCAGCAGGGCUAACAGGCUUUCACCUACACGAUCUACCAGAUCAUGGGCGUCACCUCCACCCACUCCUGCAAGUAAAGAUCGAACCCCCUACUACACGCCACUCAUCCGUGUAGAUCGCCCUCUAAGGGACAGCGCCAGCAGCAGUCACUCCUCCAUACGGAAAAGCUUGUGGUAUACAGACGACCCUGAAUACCAGCAGAGGAACUACUCGCCCAUUCACCUGCAGGUCCCACCUGAGUUCAGACACCAGUACCACCAGAAGAGAGGCAGUGCAACCAGCCUGGUAGAGGCGGUGUUGAUAUCAGAAGGCUUGGGUCGAUACGCCAAGGAUCCGAAGUUCGUAGCAGCCACGAAGCACGAGAUUGCGGAUGCCUGUGAGAUGACCAUCGAUGAGAUGGAGAGCGCUGCCAGCCACCUCCUAAAUGGCAGCAUUGCGCCAGGAGUCAAUGGUGUUAAUGUGUUUCCCAUACUGGGUCACAGAGACUACGAGCUACAUGAUGUCUCGGCUAGCUAUAGUGAUGAUGAACCUGAGCCAGAACUUCGACCGCGGUACGAGGAGGACCUGGCGGACGAAAUGAUAUGCAUUACCACUUUAUAGCAUCUGGUUAGCAGCUAACAUGACCACUUUAUAGUGUCUGCUUAGCGGAUAAUGCUUAAAUGACUGCUUUAUAGCAUCUAGGUGGCGGCUAACGCUAACAUAGCCACUAUAAAACAUCUAGUUAGCGACUAAUGCUAACGUGAUAACUUUAUAGCAUCUGGUUAGAAGCUUACCUUAAAAAAUUAGCAUGUUCUUCAAAAAACUGAUCAAUGAAACAAAUAUAAAGUAUAUUUAUUGGCUUACUACCUAAAGAAGUGCCUUUACAGCGGAACAGAAAGGCACCAAAUGUAUGGGCUCGUUGGUCCCGACCACUCAUUUCCUGUUCAGCCAGGAACUUGGCAGCCACAACGCCGGAGAUGAGAUCAUUUUGCGGCAUUUAGCCAUGUUUUUUUGACUGAAUAGGGGGACCACCUACAACUUGAAGUUGAGAUCUGUCACUGCAGGACAUGGACCAAUGAGCAGUGAGGGGAGGUACCCAGGGGCAGGCUGUUUCCAAGGUGAUGACAAUCAGAGUGAAUAUGUCAUUACCUCAGUCACUUUAUUAAGGGUUUUGCAUAUCAAGCAUGUUGCAAGCUCAAUGCAAGCUCAGUAUGGCAUAUCCCUCGACAAAGGCUUUAGUUUCAACUUAUGACCCUCACUUUAUUUUAGUAACCUUAAGGUACAACUGCAUAUUUUAGAGAACAACCACUAAUUAUACAACACUGGUUUACAAUAAAGAUAUCAUGCAGAGUUGUGGUAAACUGGACACAAUUUACAAGAGAAUUUCAGCAUUUGUGUUGAAUGCACUAGCAGACAGGUUAUUUUUUAAUUUAGGAUAGCCUGUUUGAUAUUUCAUAGUAUGCUGUAAAUGACUUGUAAUAUAUAAAGCAAAAGAAAAACUUUGUAAAGAGACAUUAUAUAUUUUGUAAGUGUGAACUGUACAUAAAAAGUCAGCAAUAUUAAUCCUAAUUGAUGUUAUUGCAUUUCAAAAAGAAGAAAUUUGGUGUUAUUUUAAUAGGUUCUGUACUUUAUUAAAUUCUCUGCCUUUAUUCUUUGCUCAUAUGCAUUCUUUCUUGUUUGCGAAAAAUAGAACAAAAAAGCCAAUUUUAUAUGAGGUUAUGUCUGUAACACACCUGCCGCACAAGAUAUGCAAUUGUUUCUUCAGUGUCUGCUUUCAUAACCGUAACCAACAUAGUGUUCCUUUAAAAUCUAUGACAUGCAGUAUGGGUCACAAAAAGUUGACCUCCAUUAUGGAGAUUUCUGUAGGGCUUACAUAAUUGUCUUAAUUGUGUUUUUGUUUUUGCUUUUUUUUUUGAAUAUUUUGUGCAGGGAAGGUGCACAGGAGGGUGCAAUGGUAAAUGCUUUGUGCAUUAACAAUGCUGCUUAAUUAGUCUGCAGUUAAACUGUACGACCCUCACCAGGAACAUGCUGCCAUUUGGAAAAGCCUGCUGCCAUUGGCUGAUCUAUGAACAGCUGAUCUUGGAAUAGUGUGCAUGCUCCCCAACUACUUCAAAGGGAGACCCAAAGCUAGUUUCAGAUCAGUGAUUAAUUUCUAACAAUAUUAUUGGGUGUUUUGUGCCCUUAUGGGUACAUAUUUAAAUAUUCUUUUAGGGUUUAUAAUAACAGUGAUGAUGAUGAUGAUAAUGAAGAAGAUUAUGACAAAAAAUGUUUUGAUUAUUUGUGGAAGUUUUGGGUUGCUUGAAGAGUUAUGUUCACAUCGUGCAUUCUUAUAGGGAUAUUUCACACAAAAAUGAAAAUAUUGUUAUUAUUUACUAGCACCCAUGUUGCUCCAAACCGCUAGCAGACGUUUUCAAGACUCUUCAACAGUUCAUAGUGACCACAUCUGUCAAGCCCUAAAAACAUACAAGUACCUUACAAGUAGUCCAUAUGACUUCUAACCUUAACCUAUGCCUAUACCUAAUCAAUAGUGUUCAAAAUCCAAAUGAGAAAUGAAAAGCACACAUUCCAAAGCAACCACGUUAUCUCGUGUAACUUCAAUGAUGCUUUUGUCUCGCGUGCUUGACUGGUCUUGAACCGGUGACCUCCGAGUCCAAAGACUAACGCUUCAUCAGGUGAGCAACCGUGCAAGCUAAUCACGUUGGAUUAAGUGUGUAAAUGUAGGUGAGUCUGUAAUACAAGCGUUAAAAGAUAUCGUUAAAUAUCUUUAACAAAUAAUGUGUUAUAGUAAAAGUGUUUCAAUAUCAUAACAUAGCAGUGUGUGAGUAAUAGUACAAAAACAAGUGUUUAUAAAGCCAUAAUCAGCCGCUAUAGUAGGGAUUUGCGUGAAAGUGAAUAAAAUGCACAGUUGUUGUAGUCACGAAACAUGGAACUCGGCACGUAAAAGUCAGUUUGCAAAAAUGUUGUUAUAAUAAUUUUCAUUCUAUGAGACUAGGUUGGAUAAUUUUGUGCGAGAAAAGGCAAAAAUAAUUGUACAUAUUUACUGACAAUCUUCCUUUCCGGCGCAGAUCUGAAAUUUCAUUUUCCAUUCCACAUGUUCAAACUGGUGCCGCGCUCGGUUACGACACAUAUUUUGGAAUCUGAAAGCAGAAACGGUGAGAUUUCAGAAUGGCAGGAAAUUAUCAGUGAAUAACGACAUAAAUUUUGGUCUGUCCCUCACACAAAACUAUUGUUCAGUUUUCGUAGACUCAGAAUAUAACGCAUCACGUAGACUAAUGUUCAUAUGGAGUCAUGUUGACUACUUUUAUUGUGUUUUGUUGUCCUUUUAGGGCUUGACAGAUGUGGUCAUUAUGAACGUUGUACUGAAAAGAUCCAUGUUAAUAUUCUUAGAAAAGUUUACUUUUUGUAAAAAAAAAAACAUUUAAAUUAAAUACUAUUUUUUUUUUUUUUUUUAAAAAACAGCAUAUGGGUAUGGAAUGACAUGAAGGUGAGUAAAUAAUGACAGUAUUUUAAUAUUAGAUUAUUUAUUCCUUUAAGACAGGGCAAUAAACUGGUUAAGCAAUACUGAUCCCCCUUUCCCCUCCUUUUGUUUCUAUUUUGCAUUUGUAUUUUCUCACUUCAGCUCUGGCAUCUGCAGAUACCUCUUUUAGUGCAGGGGAAACAUAUCAGCAAUUGAAUCAUCAUUUUUCGUGAGCAUUUUUGCUAUUCAUGUGUUGUAAAUUCUGAGCCUUUUCCUUAGGGCUCAGCACAGAAUUACACGAUUCAACUGACCUUUUGUCACUUCCAACAGACUAAUUAAUGCUGAGCAUUAAGGUUAAAACUGUUUGAUUGCAAAGGCCAUUGCCUUGAAGUGUAAAGCUUUAGAAAAGGGAUAGUUCACACAAUAAUUUAAAUUCUGCCAUCAGUUAAUCACCUUCAUGAUUUUUUAAAACCGUAUAAUUUUCUGUCUUUGUGGAACACAAAAGAUAUUAGAAAUAUUGCUAGCCUCAAUCACUAUUCACUUUCAUUGCAUCUGUUUUUCCAAUACAAUGAAAGUGAAUGUUGACUGAGACUGCUUUGAAUGACAUGGAGCGCAUAUAGUGACAGAAGUUUCAUUUUUGGGUGAACUAUCCCUUUAAGUAAGCGGGAAAAUAGUUUGCUGAAAUUAUUGUUAAUGAGUGUUGUUCUCAUGUGUUUUGGAAGAGUACUAUGCUUUUCAGUCAACCGAAAACUGUCAUGAAACUUGUGGGUUCAACCACUGCGUGUGCACAUCUGAAAGGGCUCUUUGAAAUGUUCCAUGCGGAAAAAAAAUACAUUUGUGUUCUGGUCUUCAUGUUGAUUAUACUGUAUCUUGUAAACGGACCAAUGCACAUUCUUGGCACAUUGUACUAUUCGUAGCAAUUACUGGUAAGGAUAAUAAAAUAUGCAUUAUUUUUAACAAAAACAAAAUGUAAAUAAAAAAAAAAACUUUAACUUUUACCUCGUGUCAGGGACUACUGAAAAGAAAGAAAAAAUUUGGUUCUUAAUAUACCAAUGUGAUUUUACUAUUAGCACACUGCUGUUUGUCUUUGCACAAUUUACUGUAAUGUGCAAUUUGUUUUCCCUGUUUUCUAUUCAUAUUUUGUGUAUUAAGGUGGGCGAACUUUGUACUUUUUUCUGUGACUGUGCGUACGGUUUAGUGAAAUAUAUAUUUGUCAUUUACAUCUCACUUUUCAGUGCUGGGACUAGCAUAUAAGGAGAACUGUGGAAAAAGGUGCACUCCUUUGUAUUGUUAACGCUGACAUGUUAACAAAAAAUGGAAAGAAGUAUUAUACAAGUUUUCAGAGCCACAUAUAUUGAUUAUCACAUUUUCAUCUAGAGUUGUUGCUACUACUAUUAUAUAUUUUUUCUUAUUAAUGCUGUAAGGGAAAAUAAGAUUAUAUUGUAACAUAUGUACAAACAUAAUGGAAAGAUGCGUGGUAAUGUUCUCCAUUUGAAAGUCCUUCUCUUUGCUCUGUUAUGGUUUUAAUUUCAUGAAGGAAAAAGAUUUUCUCUUCGUAGCAGAUGACUUCUAAUAUCCCUCUAGGUUUUGUAUUGAUAAUUUUUUUUUUGUAAUUUUCCUAUUUAUUUUGGC